GGGAGAGUCGGCCCCGCUCGGCCGCUCGGCCGCCCGGCGCGCCCCCAAAAGCUCCCCAGCGGCCGGCCCUCUCUACGUCAUCCGCACCCUCCCGCCCGCUCCUGAACUUUAAACCACACUCGGAAGAACAACCUGGAGGAGGGGGAUUUCUCAGGAGCCAGCGGCCUUCUCACGCUGCUAGCCGUCACCUCCCGGCUCCCGCCGUUCCCUGCGCUCCCGAAGCCCACCCCAAGAUCCCGCUCCCUCGACCCCCUCCCAAGCCAGCCGCCGCAGCAGCGCCGGGGGCGUAUGCGUGGGGGCGGGCGGGGAGCGUGCGCGGGGACAGGCAGGGGCGGGGCGCUGGGGGCGGUCGCGCGCGCGGCGGCCGCGAGGUCGCCCCGCCCACGCCUCCGGGUGAGGGUUGCUGCGUCGGGCCUACGUCAGCCGCGGGAAAUUCCCCUCCCGCCAGGCUGCUCGCCUCUCGGCUGGGCCAGCACUCGGCUCUCCCCGCUCCGCCCCCUGCCCCUGGCUCCCGUACGGUGGACGGCGACGCUGGGUGACCCGGGGUGCAAGAAUUCAGGGGUUGGGAAGGUGUGAGCCGCAAACCCAGCGGAGGGCGGGAAGAAGGAGGAGGCCUCUAGGGUGGUCGGGGGACUGGGGGCCCCGCCGGCAGAGGUCCCUCGGCCUCCUGACUGACUGACUGCGGCCGCCUCCGGCCAGGACGCUGGGAGCUGCCUGCGGGAAGGUGCGGGGAGCGGAGCCAUGGCCUCCGGUGCGUAUAACCCGUAUAUAGAGAUAAUUGAACAACCCAGGCAGAGGGGAAUGCGUUUUAGAUACAAAUGUGAAGGGCGAUCAGCAGGCAGCAUUCCAGGGGAGCACAGCACAGACAACAACCGAACAUACCCUUCUAUCCAGAUUAUGAACUAUUAUGGAAAAGGAAAAGUGAGAAUUACAUUAGUAACAAAGAAUGACCCAUAUAAACCUCAUCCUCAUGAUUUAGUUGGAAAAGACUGCAGAGACGGCUACUAUGAAGCGGAAUUUGGACAAGAACGCAGACCUUUGUUUUUCCAAAAUUUGGGUAUUCGAUGUGUGAAGAAAAAAGAAGUAAAAGAAGCUAUUAUUACAAGAAUAAAGGCAGGAAUCAAUCCAUUCAAUGUCCCUGAAAAACAGCUGAAUGAUAUUGAAGAUUGUGACCUCAAUGUGGUGAGACUAUGUUUUCAAGUUUUUCUCCCUGAUGAACAUGGUAAUUUGACGACUGCUCUUCCUCCUGUUGUCUCGAACCCAAUUUAUGACAACCGUGCUCCAAAUACUGCAGAAUUAAGGAUUUGUCGUGUAAACAAGAAUUGUGGAAGUGUCAGAGGAGGAGAUGAAAUAUUUCUACUUUGUGACAAAGUUCAGAAAGAUGACAUAGAAGUUCGUUUUGUGUUGAACGAUUGGGAAGCAAAAGGCAUCUUUUCACAAGCUGAUGUACACCGUCAAGUAGCCAUUGUUUUCAAAACUCCACCAUAUUGCAAAGCUAUCACAGAACCCGUAACAGUAAAAAUGCAGUUGCGGAGACCUUCUGACCAGGAAGUUAGUGAAUCUAUGGAUUUUAGAUAUCUGCCAGAUGAAAAAGAUACUUACGGCAAUAAAGCAAAGAAACAAAAGACAACUCUGCUUUUCCAGAAACUGUGCCAGGAUCACGUUAAUUUUCCUGAGAGACCAAGACCUGGUCUCCUCGGUUCAAUUGGAGAAGGAAGAUACUUCAAAAAAGAACCAAACUUGUUUUCUCAUGAUGCAGUUGUGAGAGAAAUGCCUACAGGGGUUUCAAGUCAAGCAGAAUCCUACUAUCCCUCACCUGGGCCCAUCUCAAGUGGAUUGUCACAUCAUGCCUCAAUGGCACCUCUGCCUUCUUCAAGCUGGUCAUCAGUGGCCCACCCCACCCCACGCUCAGGCAAUACAAACCCACUGAGUAGUUUUUCAACAGGGACACUUCCUUCUAAUUCGCAAGGUAUCCCAUCAUUCCUGAGAAUACCUGUUGGGAAUGAUUUAAAUGCUUCUAAUGCUUGCAUUUACAACAAUGCCGAUGACAUAGUCGGAAUGGAAGCGUCAUCCAUGCCAUCAGCAGAUUUAUAUGGUAUUUCUGAUCCCAACAUGCUGUCUAAUUGUUCUGUGAAUAUGAUGACAACCAGCAGUGACAGCAUGGGAGAGACUGAUAAUCCAAGACUUCUGAGCAUGAAUCUUGAAAACCCCUCAUGUAAUUCAGUGUUAGACCCAAGAGACUUGAGACAGCUCCAUCAGAUGUCCUCUUCCAGUAUGUCAGCAGGCGCCAAUUCCAAUACUACUGUUUUUGUUUCACAAUCAGAUGCAUUUGAGGGAUCUGACUUCAGUUGUGCAGAUAACAGCAUGAUAAAUGAGUCGGGACCAUCAAACAGUACUAAUCCAAACAGUCAUGGUUUUGUUCAAGGUAGUCAGUAUUCAGGUAUUGGCAGUAUGCAAAAUGAGCAAUUGAGUGACUCCUUUCCAUAUGAAUUUUUUCAAGUAUAACUUGCACUUGAUACCACCUUUUAAAUCUUGAUACCACCUAUAUAGAUGCAGCAUUUUGUAUUUGUCUAACUGAGGAUAUAAUACUAUAUUUAUACUGUAUAUAUAAUACUGACUGAGAAUAUAAUACUGUAUUUGAGAAUAUAAAAAACUUUUUUCAGGGAAGAAGCAUACAACUUUGGACAUAGCGAAUACAAAAUUGGAAGCUGUCAUAAAAAGACAACUCAGAGGCCAGGCGCAGGGCCUCACACCUGUAAUCCUAGCACUUUGGGAGGCCAAGGCGGGUGGAUCACUUGAGACCAGGAAUUCGAGACCAGCCUGGCCAACAUGGUGAAACCCCGUCUCUACUAAAAAUACAAAAAUUAGCUGAGCAUGGUGGUAUGUGCCUGUACUGUCAGCUACUUGGGAGGCUGAGGCACAAUAAUUGUUUGAACCCAGGAAGCGGAGGUUGCAGUGAGCUGAGAUCACACCACCGCACUCCAGCCUGGGUGACAGAGUGAGACUCUGUCUCAAAAAAAAAAAAAAAACCAAAAAACACGCUUUUUUAUAUUUCUUUUUAUAAUGUUUUAAUGUAUUCUUAAAUUUCAAGCAAAUUUAAGAUAAAACUUGUAAUGGCUAUGCCAUUGAAAAACUUAAUUUUUUAUUUUUGAGGCCCAUGGGCCAAGGUAACCCCUAAGGGGUUUUCUUAGGCUUCUUGGAGCUUAGAUUUGUAUGUAUAUCAAAAUGUCUUUAAAAUGUUAAGUUGGGCAGAAGGCAGUUGAAGUGAGCUUUCAAGGUAUGGGAGGUUUUCUACAUUUUAUACUAUUUCAAUCUAUGCCUUUAAAGUUGCUUAUGAUUUUAGCUUUACACUCAUUUUUUAAGGGGAAGAAGUUUCCUUGGACCAUUCACCUUUCUUAGAUGUCCUCACUCCCUGUGAUCUCAUAAAACUGCCUAUUUGACAUCUCUAUCUAGAAAUCUAAUUAAAGCUCACACUCAGCAUAUCCAAAACUGAAUUCUUGGUCUUCCCUCCCAAACUUGCUUCUCCUUCAGUCUUCUCCAACUCAGUAAAUGGCAAUGCCAUACUUCUAGUUGCUCAGGCCAAAAACCCUGAAGUCAUCCUUGAUUCUUCUUUUAGCACCCAUAUCCAAUCCAUUAGCAAAUCUGGUAGACCCUACCUUCACAAUAUAUCUAAAGUUGACCACCUCUUUUGACCUCUACUAUUAACGCCCUAUUCCAAGCCACCAUCAUCUCUUCCCUGGAUUGAAGCUGUCAUCUACAAAAAUUCUUCUUAUAUCCUUGCAUUCCUACAGUCUGUUCCCCAUAAAGUAGCCAGAAUGAUUAUUUUUAAAACAAGUCAACUCAUACCAUUCAUCUGCUCAAAACCAUUCAAUGGCUUCUCAUCUCACUCAGAGCAGUCAAAGUCCUUAAAAGUUGCAGGCCUAGACUCCCUGUCCUACCUCAGGUACCACCAUAUCCCACCUCCUCAUGCAACUCCAGGCACCUUGGCCUCAGUGCUCCUCAAAGCAUCAAGUAUGCACUUGCCUUGGACAGUCUGUACUUGGUAUUCCCUCUGCCUUGAAUGUUGUUCUCCCAGAAAAAUGCAUAGUUCACUCUUACAUCCUUCAGGUGUCACUCCACUGUUACCUGAGCAGGUCGUCCUUGAAUAUAUACAUCAGCAUUCCCUUUCCCCCCUGCUUUAUGUAUGUCCAUAGCACUCACCACGAUCUGACUUUACUAAGUAUUUAUUCAUUUACUGUUUGUUUUCCCAUACCGAAAUAUAAACUUUCUAAGGACAGAAAUUUUUGUGCUUUAUUGUUGAAUCUCCAAUUUGUAGAAAAAUGCCUACCUUAUAUUAAACACUCAGUAAAUGUUUAUUGAACAUUAAAAGUAUUACUAAUAGAACUUUGGUUUUUGAAAGAAAUAAUAACUUUAAUUAUAAGACAUAUAUGAUUUUUGCAGUUUUACUUAGUGUGACAUUGGGUUUAUGAGAAUCGUGUACAUUCAAGUCCAGGAAUAAUAAUGGUCAUCCAAAUUGUUUGAAAGGAAAAUAAUCCCAGUGGCAAAAUGAUGGUAGAAUUUGGGUAAUCUUUUUUUUCCUUUUAUGAAAAGAGAUUUUAUUGAAGGUAAAACAUUAGAGGUUCAUUGAGGAUCUCUAAAUCCAUGUUUUGACAUUGUCAAGCUCAUUGCAACUUCCAGAUUGAGUAACACUUAUAACACAUUUCCUUUUCAAAGUGCAAGAUUUUUAAAAGAGACUUGUCACAUAUUCAUUUGGCUGGUUUCAAAUGGUGAGCUGAAUGCUGGGUAAUCUCUACUAGCUCCUUAAUCAGAUUUAAAAUUCUCAGUGUUUCCUAGUUGUUUCUGCAUACUUUAUGUGAGUUGUUAUAGCUGUAACAUUACACUUUAUUUGCUGUUUGUGUUUCGUGACUUUUGGUAAUUCUGGCAUUUAGAAACCUUUCACUUUGCUUCAAAACGUAGUUAUAUUUUGGAGUUUUCAUUUGAUAUAUAAUUAUUUAUUUUGCCCUUUUAUUUCCCAAAGACAUUGUAAGGGUUAAUUAGAUCAUUAUAUUUUAUGAUUACAGAUUAAAGUUGGGCAGUAAUCUUAAUUGUGAUGGAAUUAUCAUUAUGCUAAGUAAUUAACUUUACCUAGUUUGUUUUACAACUAGAACCUGCCCUAAAUGUUGAAUAUCUUCCUAGCAAGAAACAGUCUGUCAUUUUACUUACACGAUGUCUAACCAAACCAUAACUUUACAUAAACUAGUCGUUUCGGUCAAAUUGAAAAAUGUGUGAAUGCCAUAAAAACAAAAAUUCUCAGUUAAAUGAUACUGGGAAAUAGGGAAGACAGCAAAGUGAGACUUGGGCUCAGGAUGGUUCAGGAAGAAAAAAAAAGAAUUAAAGACCCCUGAGUACCAUUAAUAUUCCUCAGAAAUUAUUAUUUCAAAAGGAAAUAUUUCUGUAUUAUAAAUUUUUCACGAGCAGCCAUUAUGAAAUCUCACAAGAAUCGUAGAAUUCAAUAAAAAAGGUAGAAAGUAAUUUUUUUAUUUAAAAAUAUAAAUUAAAAUAAAUUUUUAAAAUCAUAAGCACAUAAAUAGAACUUACCAGGGAGAAAGAAAAACCUGAAGGCACAAUUUCUUUUCUGUUCAAAAUGUGAACCCAGGAUGUCUCUAGAUGAUGAUGGAUGAUAGGUGGGGAGAUUUUUUUUGUUUUUAAUACAGAAUCUCAUAGUUUUGGAUUAAUUAGCACCAAUCAGUUUAAACACUGACUGUUAGAAUAGCUGCAUGGGUUUUUUUCUUUAAACUAAUUAAGCGUUGGCUACUUAGUAUAAGUAAGUAUAAGCCGAAUUAAGGUUCUGCUACAUCUGUGUUUAGAAUAUUUUUUUAAAACUAAAUAAGUGUUGGCUAGUUUUGCAGUGUAAGCAGAAUUAAGGUUCUGCUACCUCUGUGUUUAGAAUAUUCCCAAUGGAUUUUUCAUUUUUCAGGUGCUAUUUUUUGACCCUACAUAGACUUUAAUUUAAAAUGAAUUUGGUAACGUUUCUCCUCUAUCUCUACAUAUAUUCAUGCUUUUCACCUGCUCUUUUAACACCUGCUUUUAGUUUCUGAGGCACUUUUUCUGAACUCUACUUGUGCACUGGAUCCCUCCUCCUUUCUCUGCCAGGCUGUGUUUACUUUAUCCUUACAUCGCCACUUAGUGAUUCCUUUCUUUGUAUAAACAUGGUAAAUGUCUUCAUUAGCCUAAAAGGAAAGACCAAAUAAAACCUUUCCUACCACUUGGAUGCGUUUGCAUCCUGACUUCUGAAAUGCCUCCAGCCUCCAUUUUCUCCCUUUCCAGUUAUUCCUUAGCCCAGCCAUCUCUAUCUUUAGCUCCUACAAUUUUCUUAGGAUAUUCUGGGAAAGAUGAGCGGAGACUGCCUGCCUUGUCAAAUCUAGUGUCUUUUUUUCAGUCCUCACACUGCUUGACCUAUGUAUAACCUCCUAUACUUCCCUCUUUGGUUACUCCUCUGGGUUUUCUGUGGUAGUCAGGAUUCCUCCCUGAGAUUUAUUUCCCAUGAGUCUUGACCCCUCCCCUCAGUUGGUGCUAUUUCCCCCUACCCGCCCUCCGAUGAUCUUAUCAGAGCCCACAGGUUCAGUUUUCUUUCAUGCUACCUGAAUGUCCUGAUAAACUGGCUCGCUCUCUUCUUUACCUUCCAUAAUGGCAUUACCAUUUACCACGCCACCCAAGAUACUUACUAGGAACCUCAAAGUAUUGUAUUCUUUUUCUCCAUCACACUCAUACUUAAUCAUCAAGUCCUUUUGAGCUUGUCUCCUCUUGAAUAUGUCCCUUCUUAAUUCCUGCUGCCUUCUUAGUAAAGGCCUUCAUUCUUUUUUCCCUAGUAAUAAUCUUUUCCAUAUGUUCCGGUUAAAAUACCAUGUUCUCCCUAUUCCUUAUUACAUAGUUAGCAUUCCUUGAAAAAAAACAAUUCUCUCAGGCCUCCAUACCUUUAACAUGUUACCCACUCUGCCUCUGCUCUUCUGGAACUAGAACACUCAUCCUUGAUUGAAGGCUGGGCUUCUCUAUGAAGGUUGGUCCUGCCUCCUUACUUGAGGUGAAGCUUUGUACAUGCCUGUAUUACGGACAUCCUCUUAUUUAAGUGUUUGUCUCUUUCAUCAUUGGGACUCCAGCACCCAGCAUAGUCCCUAGUAUACUAGUUGGUGCCUAAUAAAUAGUAGCUAUUAUUAGAAAAGGAAGGGUGAAAUUGACAUGGGAAUUACUAAAAUGUAUAUGGAAAUGAUUUUUAAAGGGAAAGGUAAUGAUUUUCUGGCAGGAAAAGCAGCAAUGACAAGAUUACUUAAGUCUUGUGAAAUAACACUUCUCUUCCUUGACCUGCUGCUUCCCUUUUUUACCACACACACACGCACACAUACCACAGCCCUUUGAGACUGAAAGCAGCUCUAUUGAGAAUAGUAGUGUCAACUGUAUUAUGUAGAAAUUCUAAAGUUUUUGGGAUUAUUUCAUAGCCCUGACCUUGCUACUUCUCUCCACUUUAUGUGGCAGGUUUAAUCUCAGGUCUCCCUCAUACACUUCUCAGCCUCAGCACCUAACCCUCACACAACACUCCAGUAUUGAUGCAGUCAAUCUUGUAUAACAUUUUUUGAAUGUCCAAUGUGCAAAGCACCAUGUUGGAAAUUAUACAGAGGUGAAUAAGACAAAAACUCUUGCUCUCAAAGAUGUCAGUCUUUUUCUUUGCAAGGAUAACACAUGUAGAGUAAAAUGCAUAAAGGGGACUAAUUUUAAAUGUACAGCUUAAUUAAUUUUUAUGUAUGUUAACACCCAUGUCACCACCAUGUUUAGGACAUUUCCAGCACCCCUGAAAUUUCCUUCAUGCCCCUUCCCAGUCUGUACCUACACCUCUAAAUCUAUUUUCAAUCCUAAUGGCCUUUUAAAUAACUGGGCUUCUCACAACCAUAGUGAACAGAAACAGCUGGGUUGUCAACAUCUAACCUAAUACUUUGGGAAAACUCGUGAUAGUUUCCAUGUUAAGAGAGACAUGGAGCAGGGCAUUGGCAUGGUGGAUGGAUCACGCCUGUAAUCCCAGCACUUUGGGAGGCCGAGGUAGGGGGAUUGCUUGAGCCCAGGAGUUCAAGACUAGCCUGGGUAAUAUAAGGAAAACCUGUCUCUGCAAAAAAAAAAAAAAAAAAAAGA